UGUUCAGUUCAUGAAAGGGUGCUUAGGACAAGUGACGACUUUGUCUGGCCUGUUGAUACUGCAUUCCUUGGUCGCUUUGUUAUUGAUGUUGAAUUUCUUGACCUGAAGGCCUUCCCUGGGAAUGGUGGAGUAACCAGAUCUAUAUGGCCAUCUGAUGGAAAACUGCAAACUGUUGCAGAUCAGAGCGCUCUCCGAUGCCUGUCUCGCAUGCUUGACGAGGCUAUACAUGCUGACCUCACCAUCAUUACUGCAGACGGUACUCUGAAAGCUCACAAGGCAGUUUUAUCUGCUAGUUCUACAGUGUUCCAUAGUUUGUAUCUUCAUAAUGCUGAUGAAGAAGAUACAUAUACGAUCCACAUGGAAGAUAUGUCUCAAGAAUCCUGCAAGUCCCUCCUAAGUUACCUGUACGGUACUAUAAACCAAGAAGAUUUCUGGAACCACAGGCUUCCAUUGCUUGGAGCAGCCAAUAAAUAUGAGAUUGAUGAUCUCAAAGACGCCUGUGAGGAAAGCCUACUAGAAGAUCUUAACUCGGAAAAUGUUCUGGAGAGGCUAAAUGACGCUUGGCUUUACCAGUUACAGAACUUAAAGAAAGGGUGCUUCACUUUCUUAUUUGAUUUUGGUAAGAUACAUGAUGUCAGAGAUGAAAUAAAUACGUUUUUCCAACAUGCUGACAGGGAGCUAAUGCAGGAGAUGUUUCAGGAAGUGCUUACAAUUUUGAAAUAGGUUGCCAUGAAACACUUAUCAUCCUUAUAUCUUUCAAAUGAUGGAUCCUUCUGUAUAAUGAUGUUUAGUUUAACUUUGUAUUGUGCUAUAUUAUAAUAUGAUGUGGAUAUUACCAAUGUCAAAGGAGGAAGUACAUUACUUUGUAUAUAAUUGCAACUUCAGUUUGAUCGCCUUUUCUAUUUCUACU